AUGAGGCGGCGGGCAGCGAGGGCAGCCGUACAGCUCAUUGGCAGGAGGCCUGAACUGAGCUACGGGAGGUUCACAAGCACUGAGUUCUAUAUGUCAGCGGUUAAGCCAGCGGCUGCAUCACCUAAUGGUAACGUUCACGGUGCGGCAAGUAGCACAAAGGAAUGCGCUAUCCACAUCGAGGCAUGUACCGAACGUACGCCAACAACCGACAUUGGAGAAGAGCCAGCUGAUGGUUCAUGUUCACCAACAGCGAGUGUAAAGCGAGCUAUUGUUGCGGCCAUCCACCUUGCACCUGCGCUGAAGGGUAAAAGGAUACCGUACCGGGCCAGGGAGUACAUGCAACGCUGCUUGCUGGAAGAGGCACAAGGGAUUAACGUUUCAAAUAUCUUGCCGUUACUUAAUGCGACCUUGAACAUGAGAAUACUGAAUGACAGCUUGAAACAGGUAUUCUUGGAGAAGAUGGAAGAGAUGCACCAGUACCCGCCUGGCACCGCCGAGGCCAGGUUGCAGCUCACGGAGACCGCUUGGCGAAUGCUGUCGCUUCCAGGCGUUCAGGAUCUCAUGUCACUUAGAUGGGUUGAACUAUGCCUAUCCAUAAUGAAAAGCCAUAUAGAACAUGCGCCGGACGAUCUGCGGCUACGGAUAGGGCUACUCUAUGCUUCGAUGCUGCCCACCGACCUCGUUAGCUUGGCAGAUAUAAGACAGAUCACUUUGUCGUUCACCAGCAAUCGCAACAUACCGUCUCAACCAAUGACAUUGAAUGACUGUUCUACGGUGGUCGCUCUAUUGAAUGUGACCAGGGUAUACCUAGCCGCACAAGGGAAGGGUUGGGACAGUGACCGACACGGAAAAGAAAUUAAGGAUUACGUCACGCAGGUUGUAAUUCCACGGGUCGUGUCGAACAUCAACGUUUUCACUGCCGCACAUCUCACUGACGUGCUUUCUUUUUUCGCCGAUUCCGGACUUGAGUCAUGGAUAUCCCCUGAAGUUGCAGAUCAACCAAUCAAUCUAACUCAUCUGUUAGAUGGUUGCUGCGACCGAUUCGUGAGGGAUGUCUCACAGUUCACCAUUUCGGACAUGCUCUCUUUCCACGUGGCAUUGCUUCGGUUGAAUCACCGUAGCGAAAGGGCGAUCUUGUCCUUAAUACUGGUGCUCCCUAGGCGUGCGCAGUCACUUGACAGUGUCGAGCAGCUGAUACGUUUGCUAGAGUUCAUACACUUGGCUGGAAUGGAGAGCCAGUUCCUGUGCGAAUUCGCUUCUGAGCAGCUCAUGCAGCUGGUGCACAAAAUAGGGAAGCACCAUUGUGAGAUGCUGGCCGGUCUGUUGUCACGUAGAGGUAGCGAUGAGUCAGUUCUGUUGGAUGCAUCGGCUCUACAGGCAUUAGAUCGUGUUGGCGCAAAAUAUGGCCUUAAUUUGUUAUCGUAA